AGGGGUAUUUUCGUAAAAGUACAAUAUAAAAAACAAAACAGGAAAUAGCCUACGAAGCAUCACAACAUAUGGACUCAGCAUGGUAUUAUCCAAGCUAGCUCAAAGUGACCACCUUUGUCUUGUCUCCAUAGAUGUGUAGAAGUACCAUAACUGUUCACAAUUCAAUUUACCCAAGGAAGAAAAUGAAGAGCCCAAUAUGCUCCACUUCUAGUGACGAAGACGAGUACGAGAACUCGGCGGGUUUGGAGCCGUAUUGCUGGUGGAGAUCAUCGGCUGAGAAGUUCAAAUUAGAAUGUGCAAUGCUCAAGCUCUAUAAUAAUCUCCCUAACGUGGCUGGGCUCACGCCGAGGCUAAGGGUGUUGAGAGAGCUUGAGAGAUUGGCUCUUGUUGCAAACGAAGGUAUCAAUGACUUUAGGCAGAAGCUGGUCACGUAUCGGUCCGGUGAUUUUUGGAUGCCAACCGGAGGUGUUCCAAAGGAAAAAACUGAUAUUCCUCCGGUUAUUACAAUUCUAUUGGUUGGAUUUUCUGGUUCUGGCAAGAGCUCUCUUGUUAACCUUAUGUACUGCGUUUUGGGCCGUUCAGGACUUGUUCCUUUUGCCCAAACUUCUUCUGGGAAUAGUCCCGAUUACACAAGUAUGUUCUUGGAGGAACAUAAUGUGCUGAGGUCACUGCGAAGUGGGUUUUGCGUGUAUGACUCGAGAGGUUUUGAUUAUGAACAAAUGAGUGAGAAUAUAGAAGAGUUAUCGAGUUGGAUGAAUGAAGGGGUUCACCAUAACCAGCUGUGUUUGAGAUCAGGAGAUUAUUUGUUAAGAAAAGAUGAAAUAGAAGUUCUUAUGUCGAGAUCGUCUUCAAAAUUUGAAAGGAGGAGAGUCAAUUGUGCCAUGGUGGUGGCUAACAUAGCAGAGAUCUAUAAAGCUUACAAGGCAGGGAAUUACAAGCCUAUGGAUGCCAUUAAAGAGCUUUACUCUUCCCCUGCUUUUAAAAAAUGCAUUGAGAACCCAAUACUAAUAUUGACACAUGGUGACAUGUUAUCAACUGAGGAAAGAAUUGAAGGGAGGAUAAAGAUAAGUGAAUGGCUAAAUAUAUCAGAGACAAGUGGUGUGUAUGACAUUGUCUGCUUAACCGAGUAUGGAUUUAUUGCAGAAGAUUCAGAUCCAGUUUCAGCUUAUGCAUUGACAGAAGCGAUUUACAGAGCACUAAUCAUUUCAGACAGAGCUCAUUUACCCAAGAGAAGUUUUUUGGACUGGACCAUCCUUGUCCUGUCUUGGGUUAUGUGCUUCAUUGCAGCUUUCUUUGCUUUCCUGUCUGAAAUUUGUUCCAAACUCUCAAACAGCGGAGGAAAACUGAAGUUAUGAAAGGGAAUUGUUUAAGUAAUUAUCUAAUCUAGUUUAGGACCCUUGUGUAUAAUUAUGUGUACUACUAAUGUAUGACCAUUUAGAAUUAGAUGAUUAGAUGUAACUACUAAUGACUCAGAUUAUGGCUAACUCUCUCAUGAAUUGUUAAUUGAGGUACCAUUUAGUUUAGAACCUAACUUUUCAGUGUAUUUGUUAUGUGUUUCAAUAUUAGGUUUUAACUUGUAAUAACGAAGGGGUUAUUCUGAUGAGAGUAAUUUAUUCAUCGGUAGUGUAUGGAUUGUUUAGCUUUAUUCUAUUGAUCUUAUCUGUUUUUCGCUA